CGGAGUCCUCAGAAAUCUGGGCUCUGAAAGGAACAGGAAAGGAGACCAUUUCAGCACCACACAGAGGCACAGCCCGAUGUCGGCACCGCCACAGCCUGACCUUUGAGGGGAGCGCGGGGAGCCGCACGCUGGACCGGACUCGCCCGUCCCACUGACCCUCCCUCGUGGUCCUCCUCGUCUUCCGGAUGCUUCCAGGAGCCGACGCUGCCUGUGGGACGAGGCCACGUCAAACGGUGCGGGUCUGGCCUCGAGCAAACCCCCCGCUCGGGGUGGUUGAAACAACUGGACCGGACCCAGCAACUGCUCUCGUCCGUCCCGACGGCAAGUGGGUGUCUGGAGCGGCCUCUGCUGAAGUCCCAGGUCAAGGGAAGCCCGGACCCCGGAUUCCAGGGGUCCACUCUGCAGCCUCCACACAGGAGAGGGGUCUACGCCCCGACCGCAGGCCAGGCUCGCCGGACGCCGGCCCUGUGACCUGCCCUGCAGCCCAGAGCGUCCCGCCUUUCCACAGUGUGGACGCCGCAGGAGGCAGGCGUCCCCUUUCUGAGGCCCGUGUCACCUCCCGGGUGCCACGGAAACAUGGCUGUGGCUCUGUCCCCGCCUCAUGUCAUCUUCUGGUGGGAGGAUGUGGGCUGGAGGCUGGCUGCCCCUCACGGUCCCCAGCCGGCCUGAGCAGCCAUCUUCCGUCCUGGGACCUGUGCUGGGGAGUGCAGGAGAAGCCAGGCAGCGUGGACACCGUGGGGUCUCCUCACAGCUCACGAACCAAAAAUCAACGGGAAGAUCUGCAAGAGCCUCUGGAACCUUCCUGCACCAGUAUAAGCCAGGCCGCCCUCUGCCCCCACUAGGGCCUUGCCACUGCAUCCCUGGCGAGGACAGAGGCUUGGCCCCAGCUGGCCCCUGCUCGUGGCAGCCACGGCAGGGCCAUGGUUGUGCCCGCAAGCCUGAGAGAGGCCUCCAGGUGCUGCCCCCAGGUGCCCCCAUGCAAGCCGGGCCCCUCAUCCAGGGACAGGGACCUGGGGGCAGACCAGGGGGAACCCCAAACGUGGGUGCAGAGCAGCACCAGGCAGAAUACAGGACUCCUGCCUCCCUUUCUGCCGGCAAGGGCUGAGGAAAUGGCACCACAUUCUGUCACGGACUCAGGAAGCAGGGGGUGUGCGCGUGUCCAUGGCCCUGUCUACUGCGGGUGCCGGGACCCGAGGUCUCAUUUCCUGCAGAACUGGUCCCGGAGCCGGGCCAGCUGGCCGUACCUCCCGACAGGCAGAGCUCGGGGCCACCCCCCAUGCCACCCACUCGUGGGUGUCGGGCUGCCUCCGGGGAGCACGGUGGGCAUGUCCUAGCACAGAAACCGGCUGAGCAAGGCCCCCACCUCGGGGAUGCGUGGUGGCCCCGAGCAGCGACCCUGAUGGCCAUCGCCUAGGACUGAGCUCUCCAGAGCACUGCCUCUGUCCUGCCGUCCUCACCCCGAGGACAUACAGGGCCGGGCUGGCCUGCACAGGGCCCUGUGGGGCAGGAUGCAGCCUGGGGGGGCUGGUCUCCGCUCAGGAAUGGCACCCCUCUUCACAAAGCACACAUGCAGCCGGCCUGCCUUACUCACGCACUCUGCCUCCUGUGACCACACAAGGACAUGGUUCAGACCCCAAAGCGGCACCACCACCACGUCUCUACUGGGGACAGGGGAGACACUGUGUGCCAGACACGGGGAGGGACCUAGGCCUGCCCUGCAACUGUCGUCCAAAGGCCAUGUGCGGGCAGGGCCGUCCAGGAGGCUACGGGGCAGCAGCGAGGGGGCAGCCCUGGGCUAGGCCCCAGGUACGGCUCCCCACAAUGCACACAUGUGAGCUGGUACCUACAAGAACCCGGAGUCUGGCCCCUUCAGUGCAGAUUGGAGAAGCAGAGACAGACAGCCCCGCGCCCGCCCUGCACCAGCACAGUCUGGUCCCUGCACUGGACUGCCCUCCGUGCUGGGACCCCAACAGCACCCGGCCAGCCCUACCUCCAGACGCGGGGCGGGGGACACCCCUGGAGAGCAGAAAACCAGAUCCCACCAGGCUGGCUGCAGGGUUAGAGGAGAAGCAGAAGGCUCCUCCAGGCUCUGACCUUGCCCACGCUGAUGCAGCUUCCCUAAGGGCUGGCGCUGCUCGGCCCCACCCAUCGCCGUGCGGCCUCGCAGACCCUCCAGGCACCGGAAGCAGGAAGCUGAUGUGUGGGCUGGGGGAGGGGCGGGGCUGCCCUCCACACCCACCACGUCCGCCCCAUCCAUCCCCCUGGGCACAGACCACCUGCCACUGGUCUGGAGGCAGAUCCCAGCCUCACCUUCCCCAGCAGCCCCCCCGCUCCCAGGGAUACCCCGGCCCCCAGCCACCCUCCCAGAGACCCAGCUGGGGGCCCCAUGUCCCCAUCAUCCCAGCACAGCCUUUCGGAGGGGUGGGGGGGAGGGGAAGAAGAACUGGUCAGGUCACCUCGUGCCACCAGGGACAUGUGGGCUUCCUAGAGAGACUCUUCCAGCAACCGGAUGGGCCAAAGACCAUCCUCCUCCUCGUGGUGAUCCCUCCUUCACACACGAGACAGCAAAGGCCCAGACACUUCCAGAAGUCACACCAGGGGCCAGCCGUGCAUGGAGAGCCCGAAACCCGGUGUCUGCCCCCGCCCCCCGGCCCAGUCCCCAGCACCGCCUUUUGAGUCCUUAGCAGUGGAGAGCCAACGUUCCCCCUAUGUGGGUGACCCUGACCCAGGGGCCUCAUGGAGCCACUACACACAGCUGGCCCCACCCAGGUCAUCCGGUUCCUCACUGACACCUCACACGUGCUCCAAGUUAGGCAUGCAGCUGGCGGUCCUAAGUCUGGCAGGCGUGGGCCUCCCCAGAUAAACCCGCUUGGCUGACUCCUCCCUGACCAACCGGGGCUCGGCUGGGCCCCGCAGGAGGUGGGCACACCUGGCUGUCCCGGACGGGCUCCCAGCCUCAGAAGGCAAUCCUGCCCAAAACGUCCCUGUGGGGGCCGAGAAAAUUAAAGCCAUCCCACCUCAGGUUUAGCUGAUGUGGGAAACAGAGGCAGAAGAAAAUCAUUAAAAUUCCUCACCUACUGACAAGCCCUUGAAACAGACAGAGUGCCUCUCCCGUGGGGACUCAACUGCCCUCACCUUGAGGUUUUGCUAAGGACAAUCCUCGCUGACCGACCCCCUACCCCAACAGGUCCGACCAGGAUCCCAUAAGUCUACUUUAACAAUCCCUUUAGGAACCUUUAUCUCUAAACCUCCAAGAUAGUGU